AUAAUAUAAUUAAUUUGAGGGGGGAAAAUUAAUAAAUAUUAGUAUAAAAAAAGAAAUUUUAAAGUAAAAUACUGAAUGGGGGUUUAAGUAUUUUUAUGGAAAAAAUUUUUAAUUUUAUAGAAAAUUAGUAUUGUAAAAGAAUUUUGAAAAAUAAUUAAAGUAAAUUUAAUAAAAAGUAAAUUUAAUUUAUUGUAUCUUGGGUAUCAGAGUUUAUUAAAAAUAAAUUAUAUUAAUAAUAAUCUCGAAUUUAAAAGAGUUAAUUGAUUAUUUAAAUUAGUGUUUUAAAAUUAUUUAAAAUAAUUAAUUAGAAAUGAAAUGUUAAUCGUUUUUAAAUAUAUCUAGUUUUUUUAGAAAAAAAUUUAAUUUUAAAUAUUAUUAAUUUUAAUUUUUAUUAAUAAAAAUUAAAAAAAAGUAAAUAUUUUAUAUUUUAAGGGAUAAGCUUUAAAUUAAAUUUUUAUAAUUGGAUUUAUUUUUAAAAACAAAAUUUUUAAAAUUUAUAUUUUUUAUAAAUUAUAAUUUUUUAUAAAUAAUUUUAUUAAAAUUAAAAUUUAAAAUUUAUAUUUAAAUAUUUAUAAAAAAAUAAUUUUUAAUAAAAAAAAAUUAGGUAUAAUGAUAAAAUUAGUACAAAAUUUUAUAAAUGAGAAAAUAAAAAUUUAUAAAAUUUAAAUAAAGGAAUUCGGCAAAAAAAAUAUUCACCUGUUUAACAAAAACAUGGCUUUCUGAGAAUAAUUUAAAGUCUAAUCUGCCCACUGAAAUAAAUUUAAAGGGCUGCAGUAUAUUGACUGUACAAAGGUAGCAUAAUCAUUAGUCUUUUAAUUGAAGACUUGUAUAAAUGAUUGGAUGAAAUAUAAUCUGUCUCUAUUUAAAAAAUGAAAUUUAAUUUUUUAGUUAAAAAGCUAAAUUAAAAUUAAAAGACGAGAAGACCCUAUAGAGUUUAAUAUUUUAAAAAUUAUUUUUAAAAUAAAGAAAAAUUAACACUAAAAUUUUUUAAAAUAUUUUAUUGGGGUGAUAGAAAAAUAAAAAAAACUUUUUUUAAAUAAUAAACAUAAAUAAAUGAAAUUAUGAUCCAUAAAUUAUGAUUAUAAGAAAAAAUUACCUUAGGGAUAACAGCGUAAUUUUUUUUUUUAGUUCAAAUAAAAAAAAAAGUUUGCGACCUCGAUGUUGGAUUAAGAUAAAAUUUAAAUGCAAAAGUUUAAAAUUUUGAUCUGUUCGAUCAUUAAAAUCUUACAUGAUCUGAGUUCAAACCGGUGUGAGCCAGGUUGGUUUCUAUCUUUAGUAAAAUAAAAUAUUUUAGUACGAAAGGAUCAAAUAUUUAAAAUAAUUUUAUAUAAUAUGAAUAUUACUAAUAAUAUAUUUACUAUUUUGGCAGAAAAAUGUAAUGGUUUUAGAAGUCAUAAAUAUAUAGUAAAUUAUAUAGAUAGUAAAUGUUAAUAAUAGAUUUAAUUAAUAUUAUUAUUGGAAUAAUUAUUUUAUUUAUUGGAGUUUUAAUUGGUGUAGCUUUUUUAACUUUAUUAGAACGAAAAAUCUUAGGUUAUAUUCAAAUUCGAAAAGGCCCUAAUAAAUUAGGUUUUUUAGGGAUUAUACAGCCUUUUUCAGAUGGUAUAAAGUUAUUUAGAAAAGAGCAAGUUUAUUUAAAUUUUUCAAAUUAUUAUUAUUAUUAUUUUUCUCCUAUUUUUAGAUUUUUUAUUUCUUUAAUAAUUUGGAUAUUAAUUCCUUAUUAUUUUAAUAUAAUUAUGUUUAAUUUAGGGGUAUUAUUUUUUUUAAGUUGUACAAGAAUUAGAGUAUAUUUAUUAUUACUUGCUGGUUGGUCAUCAAAUUCAAAUUAUUCUAUUUUAGGGGGUUUACGAGCUUUAGCCCAAACAAUUUCUUAUGAGGUAAGUUUAGCUUUAAUUAUAAUAUCUUCUUUAUUUUUAAUCAUAGAUUUUAAUUUAAUAAAAUUAGAAUUAUAUCAACAAAAUAUUUGAUUUAUAUUUUUAAUAUUUCCUUUAAGAAUAAUUAUAUUUUCUUCUAUAAUAGCAGAAACUAAUCGAACACCUUUUGAUUUUGCUGAGGGGGAAAGAGAAUUAGUUUCAGGAUUUAAUAUUGAGUAUAGAAGAGGGAGAUUUGCAUUAAUUUUUUUAGCUGAGUAUUCUAGAAUUUUAUUUAUAAGAAUAAUAUUUGUUUUAUUGUAUUUAGGGGGUUUUAGUUUGAAUUUAAUAUUUUAUUUAAAAUUAGUUUUUAUUUCUUUUAUAUUUAUUUGAGUUCGGGGUACUUUGCCUCGUUAUCGUUAUGAUAAAUUAAUAUAUUUAUGUUGAAAGGUGUAUUUACCAAUUUCUUUAAAUUUAAUAUUAUUAUAUUUAGGUUUAAAAAUAAUUUUAAUUUAAUAAAUUAAUUUAGUAUAAAUUAAUAGAAUAUUUAAAUUCUUUCUUAAGUUUUCAAAACAAAUGCUUUAUCAAGCUCAUUAAUUAAUUAAAAAUUAAAUUAUCUCAUAAUUUACUAAUAAUAGGAUUAAUAAUAUAAUAAGAGAAAUAUAUAAUAGUUAAAAUUUGUCCAGUAAUAAUGAAAGGAAUUUCUACUGGUCGGGCUCCAAUUCAGGUUAGAAGAAUAAUAAUUGAAAUUAAUAAUCAAAAAAAAAAUUGAUUAAUUGGAUAAAAUUGAAUACUUUGAAUAUUUUUAUUAAAUGAAAAUGGUAAAAUAAUUAAAAUAAGAAUUGAUAUAAUUAA